AUGGAAAUUCAACAUGCAAAAGCAAAAAUGAGGCAGCUUUGGAAAAUACUUGUGGAUCUACCUGAACACUUUAUUGAAGAACAAUCUAUGCUUAUUACACGUUCUUUUAAUAUACUUUCUGAGUUUAAACAAAGCAAAACAAUUAGUGUUUAUCUAUCAAUGCCUCAUGGAGAAAUAAAUACAAGUAAUAUAAUAAAAGAAUCUCGUCGUAUGGGAAAAAAAAUCUAUGUUCCUUUUAUAGAUGGCUCAAACAUGCAUAUGCUGCAGCUUUUGGAUUCUGAAGAUCCAUUUAUGUUUGCCAGGAAUAAAUGGGGGAUUCCUGAGCCCGAUAGAUAUGAUGCAAAUGGAAUAAUGAGAGAAGAAGCGAUGAAAAAUCAAGGUUUAGACCUAAUUCUUGUUCCUGGUGUUGCAUUUGAUAGGAAUCUAAAUCGGUUGGGUCAUGGAAAAGGAUACUAUGAUACAUAUUUUGCUAGGAUGGAGGAUUGGUGUAGAAAACAUCAUCUUCAUAUGCCAUUAAAAGUAGGUCUUGCUUUGAAAGAACAGCUUGUGGAUGCAGUACCAGUGGAUUCUUCUGAUGUAAAGCUUGAUAUUCUGCUAGUUGGGGACGAAGUAAUACGAUCAGUACUAUGA